ACUCAAUGCUCAAUACCGUGACACUCCAAGAACUGUUACAAAAAUUAGAUAGCUUAAUAAAUGACAAUUUUAACUACCACCUGCCAAUGUGUGUUUUUAAAUUUUACCCACUUAUACACACAAGAAAAAUUUCUCUUUCCACCCUGCCACUUAGAAUCAGUCACAACUACUAAUAGAUCACUGGGCAAUGGGUCCUUGAUACUGAUUUGGAUUCUCCCAUUUUGUUUAUCUCUAUUGAACUGUUCCUUUCACUUUUUCUGUCACAGUCUGCUCCCUCUCUCGCUGUCCAUUGUCUGCUGUCUCUCUCUCUACUCUGCCAACACAACGCGCACCCUCUGAUCGAUGCACAUCCUCUUUCUUCUCUCCAUAGGCCACAGGAAUAAAAAGCAUUCAUCACUCACAAACCUAAAAAUAAGUUCCAAAACCAUUUUAUUUUUUCCCUCUCCAACUUGUAGAGUAUUAUCACCAUCUCUCACAGCUCAGUUAACAUUUCAAUUUAUUAUAAGUGUUUGGGUAUAGAUUGGGAAUGACAUCAAGAAAUGACAUGAUAGGCAUUCAUGAUAAUGGCUUCAUUCAAUCCAAUUCAGAACUCCACAAUCACCAUCUUGCCUGUUGCAAUUAUUAUUACAUUUCUACUGCACCAUCUGCUGUGUCCAGUUUCUUGUUUCAUGCUCCCACAUCAUGCAAUUCCUCCAAAGGACCCUUCGUAUGAGGAGAAAAACAGAUUAGGCUCAAUGCCUCCUUCUUGCCACAACAAGUGCAACCAGUGUCAUCCAUGCAUGGCAGUGCAAGUUCCAUCCUUACCUACUCACAACCGAGUCCACCCAGCAGGUAUUUCUCCGAGUUCUGCAAUGCAAGGUUUCCUUCUCCAAGGUAACAGCUAUUCCAAUUACAAGCCAAUGAGUUGGAAAUGUAGUUGUGGUGACCACUUUUUCAACCCUUAAAAAUUGUAUUAUGUUCUCAUGGAGAUAGAUUACUGUCACAGCUGUAGAAUGAAAAAUUGUUCCUCUUUUUUUCCAUUUGAUAAGCCACCGACAAAAUUUCUGUAAACCUCUGUAGCUGUUUAUGUUGUUCUUUUUUUAAUUAGGAAAGUUCAUCUCACUACCAGGUGAAAUUAUUUUAUAAUAAAUAAUGAUAUACAAUAUCAACA